AUGAGUCUAGGCUUCUACUCACAAGUGUUUGUGGUUCCAAAGGGCGUCAGUACACAUCAACCCGUACCUAGACGACUGGUUGCUACACAACCAAAACAAGUGGUAGUUGGCCGAGCAAGUAAGGCUAACACAAGAUUUACUACACCAGUUGGGCUUCCUAGUAAAUUCCUAGUAAAUCAAGAAAAGUCCAAUCCACACCCAACACAGCAGUUGGUGUUUCUGGGCAUGGAGGCGGGCUUGAAAUGGACCGAUUAUCGACUAGAAUGGAAUCCAGCUAAUUACAGUGGAGUCGAUACCUUGAUAGUUAGCUUUCAGAAGUUAUGGUACCCGGAUAUGGUGCUCUAUAGCAGUGCUGAUGGAAAAUACGAUCUUCCUCUCUCUAAGAAUGUCCGACUCUCGUCCGAUGGCAUUAUUAAAGUAGCGCCCCCAGCGGUGCUUGUUAGUCCAUGUGUCAUCAACAUCAAGUAUUUCCCGUUCGAUGUACAGCGCUGUUCUUUGAAGAUUGGCACAUGGGAGUACAACGGUAACGAAACCCGUCUGACACCAAUGCAUGACGAGGUCGUCAAAGAGAAUUACUUAGAGAACGUUGAAUGGGAGAUUGUUGGAUCAGAAGUUGACGAUUUGUUGGUGAAAUACCCAUGCUGCCCUUAUAUUUAUAGUAAUCUGGUAUAUACAUUGAUCGUUAGACGGAGACCACUCUACUACAUCACAAACAUUAUUAUACCAUGUUUUUUCAUGUCGUUCAUUACACUUAGUGUGUUUUACCUUCCGCCUGACUCUGGUGAGAAAAUUACGCUCAGUAUUUCGAUUCUAUUGGCGCUCUCGGUUCUCAAUUUAUUAGUCGCCGAUAUAAUGCCACCAACAUCGGAAACGACGCCAUUAAUCACAAAGUAUCUAUUGUUCUGUAUGACUAUUGUUAUGGCUUCUAUUAUUAUUACCAUUCUUGUUUUAAAUGUCCACCACCGAGCAACCAGCACACACAACAUGCCCAUGUGGGUCAGAAAAAUAUUCAUGCAAAUACUGCCACGCUACCUGCACAUGAAAGCCGCAAGGACGCCCUCACAUGGUAGAAGGAAGAGGGAAAAGUCGGAAGCAGAAAUGUCGGAAUCGCACACCUGCGGCGAGAUAAAAGAAACAGGUGUUGAUAAAUCAAGCGGUAUUUGGAUUGGUCAUGGCUCCAGUAAGCUACAAAAAGACAAGCAGCCUAUGGAUACAAGUGUUACGUUUCUUUCCAACGGUGGCUUAAAAACAAGCAGCAGAAAUCACUCUUCGCAAGUACCGCUUCUGAGCGCCACCCAGAAUAAAAGAAGAACAGCGCGGACCUCAAUGAGUCGGCCAAUCUCUUGUCGUUGUGUGCAAGGGGAAAUCUACGAAAAAGACACGUCUGUGGACGCUGAAUCUGUGAUAUCUGAAAAAGAUUGUUCGGCAUAUGCGUCGAAUGAAGACGAUAGAAAGAACGGCAUGUUUCAUAGAAAAAUGCUGGAAAAUGUCGAGUGCAUCGUGGACUACGUUAAGCGAGAAAGAAACGAAUAUGACGUGAGAGAAGAAUGGAAAUACGUUGCCAUGGUUAUCGACAGAAUACUGCUGAUACUAUUCACUGUUGGGUUUCUCAUUGGGAGUUUUGUUUUAAUGUUAAUAAUAUCAGGGGUUAUGGGAGUGCCAUAA